GGGGGGAAAUGGCAAUUAGAAAGCUCAUACCGGAUAAACGAAAAUAAAACUAGAAUAUAAAUACAGAAUCACAAGACAACGGCCCUUCGGAUGAAGACGAACUUGAUCAAGUUAAUGGCAAAGUCGCAAAAGGGGAUCUUUUGAAAGUCAAUGGUGCAAUCGUGUUGUUCGAGUUUAGAACGCUUAAUCCUGGUUACGACGGGCAACCUUCUUGGCGUGACGCUUCUGGGUACCGAAGAUCUUCUUGUCACGGUUCUUCUUCUGCUUUCUCUGCUGUCUAGAGGACUUUUCAACCUUGUCAGCCAAACCGUAUCUAACCAAUCUGUAAGCUGGCUCGAACUUCUUGGCGUCAGCGACAGAGGAGUAGAUCAAACCGAACCCAGUAGACUUACCACCACCGUAUUGGGUUCUGAAACCAAAGACGGAGACAGCGUCCUUUUCAGCCUUGUAAAUUUCAGCCAACUUUUCUCUCAACUCAUCCUUAGAGACGUUAGCUCUGUUUGGGUGCAAGACAUCGAUAACGAAUUGUCUUCUGGCCAACAAUGGGUUGGAGAUAACCUUUCUGGUUCUGAUGGUAAUAGCGUCAGACUAGAGAGCAUGUUAAUAAGGGUACUUGAUAUACAGUUCCAUGUUACACAGAGUGCCCGGGAGGUUGGUGCAGAGGGGUUCGCUUUGGGCAGCGCUUGCCACACCAUGGUGUGGCCAUUCAAUGUGCGCUCCUGGGACUGAUGAUAAUGGUCAUUAACCUUUCCUUUCUCAAGCGAUAUUAGCCAGUCUCGAUGCAUAGUUCCUGAUAAAACGACUCUUCACCCUUGGAAUCCCGGUGAUAGCUCUGUGGAAAAUUGAAUAAACAUGGACGGUGAGCAUUUAUCCACACAUACCAUUUUCAGUGUUGUUAAUGUGAAGUAAUACUAAGGUUUGAAACUAUCAAAUGUUCUAUAUAUUUCACCUAC